AUGAAUGAUACCGAUGAAAAGCUGUAUGGUUUUUUGGAAUACGACAAAAUAUUCCCUCAAUCAUCGAAUUCGGAAAAACAUUUGACAAAUCAUAUUGUUACAAAGGUGUACGGUCGUUCGGAAAGAAGAAGAAAUAUCUCUCAACCAGUGAAUAUGAAAAGAUACGCGAGGAUUCACGGCGGUAUAAAGAGGUACCAUUGUUCCGUAUGCGGAAAACAAUUCAGCCAAGAAUAUAAUUUGAAUAAUCAUAUGUUGGUUCACGCUGAUGAAAAGCCGUACAAAUGUUCCGUAUGUGAAAAAGGUUACUCUCAUCAAUGGGUUUUGAAAAGGCACAUGAAAAUUCAUACCGAUGAAAAGAAUACUGUUGUUCCAUAUUCGGUAAGUACUUCACCGAAAGUUGUUCUGGAUGUGACAGAAGAUUCUUCCGAAGAAAUACUUUGA